GUGAAUCUUUGUAGGCACCCUGGGUGGACCAUUUGAGAACAAAUAUCUGAGUAACACAGAAUUAUUAUUCUUUUCUUAUUUUAUAUUAAAAACAAAACAAAACACACACACACACACACACACACACACACACACUUGAAGAUGCAAGGUGAAGAAAGAUACAUGACAUUGAAUGUGGAGCUGAAGAAAAGGAAUUCUAUCCAAACAUCCCAACUUAAAUGUCAAGGUGGACAUGUGGAUUGCUUCCCUAUCUUGGCUAGUGGGAAUAAUGCAAUGGUGAACACAAGAGUGCAAACAGCUCUUCAAGAUACUGAUUUCAGUUCAGAUUGUUCUGCAGUGUUGCACCGGUAUAAAAUCUUCCUGGGGCUAUCUGGAACAGUAAGUGGUAUUCUGGCUUUGACUCUGAUCACCCUGACUCUGUUAGUUUCUCAGGAAGUGUUGCUAAGGUGCCAAAAAGGAAAUAAUUCCAAUUUCACCCAGCACGAUGACAUCAGAAACCUGAAAGCGAAGAGUGACGCAAGAGGAAAUAUAAGUAAUAAGGAUGCAGGCCGCUGUGUUUCAGGAGCUACAAACAAUAAAGCAAUGUGCCCUUCAGAAUGGCUCAAAUAUCAAGAAAAGUGUUAUUGGUUCUCUAAUGAGAUGAAAAGUUGGAAUGACAGCUAUGGAUACUGUUUGGGAAGAAAAUCUCACCUACUAAUUAUUCAGGACCAACUUGAAAUGGCUUUUAUACAGAAAACUCUAAAACAAUCAAACUACGUGUGGAUUGGGCUUAACUUUACCUCCCUGAAGAAGACAUGGACCUGGGUGGAUGAUUCUCCAUUAGAUCCAAAGAUAUUCUUUAUAAAAGGACCAGCUGAGGAGAACAGCUGUGCUGCCCUCAAGGAAAACAGAAUUUAUUCUGAAACCUGCAGCAGUGUUUUCAAAUGGAUCUGCCAGUAUUAAAAUUUUAAAAGUGAUAGUGGAGUAGGCAGUGAUCAAAGUGUAUUGCCUAGUAUCAGUCUUCAGGAGUAAGAAUUUUGAACUGCAGUCAAACACCAACAUUUCUUCUCUAGUUUCCUUCCAUCAUCUUCAUGGGCGCUAGCCCCAGAGAAACUCCUGUUAACAAUCUAAAAUAUACCCUUCUGAUUCUUCGUGUGAAAAUAUAAUCUAGUGUGAACCCAUGCACUUGUGUUCAUGACUUAGCUCACUUUAUGUUUUACAACAAAUGUAAUCAAAUUAUGUCUGCUUUUCUGUAUCUUGCUUUUUAAAAUUCUCAACAAUAUCGUACGGAAAUUUCGUAUAGUUCUGAGUUGUGUUUUAGGGUGGAUUUGUACAUUUUUAACUCCUUUAUUGAUGAGAAUUAACUUUGCUUCCAGGUUUUGGCCACUAAAAACUAUGCUGCAGUAAAUAUCAUGAAUAUCUUUCUAAGUCGUAGCACUUUUAUUUCUAUGAUGUAAACCUUAAAACUGGGCAUUCUGGGGGAAAAGCGUUAAAUGUGUUGUUUGUUUGCUUUAGACUUUAUACAAUUUUUAUCUACAUUUAGAAACGACCACAAAUUUAUGAGGAAAUUACAGGUACAGAAAAAGAACUUUCCUUUUCCCCAAAACUCUUGAGAAUUAGCUGCCAAAUCAAUGCCUUUCAUUAUAAAAUUUUAAGUAUCGUUACUUGUGUGUAUACUUCGUACCCCCCAAAUCCUCUACUUAGUCACAAUACAACUAUCAAAAUUAACCACUCAAUACUGAUGCAGUAUUAUUGUCUCUAACUCUCUUUGAGCUUUGCCAAUUGUCAUAUAUAUUAUGUGUUUUUUGAAUAAAACAUCCAGCUUAGACUUCA